AUGUUCUACUUCAUACUUUCGGUUCUGGCGAUAUAUCUGUCAUUAGUGAACGGACACACUGUGGUCUCGUAUCCGGGCUGGAGAGGAGACAACUUGGUUACAAAUGCGACGUUUCCAUUCGGCAUGCAAUGGAUGUAUCCUUGCGGCGGAAUGGGUACCUCACGCAACCGCACCACCUGGCCCAUAGGCGGCGGUGCUCUCGCCGUGCAGCCGGGCUGGUUCCAAGGGCACUCCAAGGGCUUCUUCUACGUCAAUAUGGGCUUUGGCACCAGUGGCCCUGACAAUGGCCCUGAUAACUUCUCUAACAUCAUGGUCCCCGUCUUUGAGUUCACAGGACCCUCGAACGGACCUUACCCGGGCACCUUCUGUCUGCCGCAGAUCCCGCUGCCGGCGAACGCGACCGUCAAGGCGGGAGAUCUGGCAACGAUUCAGGUCGUGAUGACAGCACAGCACGGGGCGAGUCUAUUCAAUUGCGUCGACAUCAUAUUCGCAGAGCCUGAGCACGUGGCAGAGGUCAACAAAUCAAACUGCUUCAAUAGCAGCGACAUCGGCUUCAACAAUGUCUUCACGUCGCAAAUUUCCGGCGCCGAUUUGUCAAUAACUAUCUCGGUGGCUGUCCUCACACCCAUACUACUACUGAGUAUGUGGGGUCUAUCAUGA